CUCAUUCCCGCCACAAACGUCUACCAUCACCUCCAUAGCCGCAAUUCACCACGAAACUACCCCGCUCGUCGUCAUCGCCGACCAGUCCGGCGAUUUACUCGCCCGUUCUGCCCUCGACGGCGCCGAGCUGCAGCGCGUCAAAUCCGCGCACGCGCCGCAGAAAUUUCUCACCCCUCGCGGCGGCGGCGCCUUCGCCUCUCUCGGCGCUUCCAAAAUCAUCCCCAUUCACGCCGGUAUCUUAAGUGCCGGCGGUGACGGCAUCGUCCGUUGCUUCCGUCUAGACAAAUCUCGCGUCGCCUAACGACGCGAGCAUAGUCGCGUUGUCACCGCACCCACAGCGCAGUUCCCCGCCACGAUCGCCCGCACAUUCACGCGCGUCUCCACCAUGAGCGCCGCCGCCAAGAACAGCGCCGCGUACUGGCGCAUCGCCGGCAUGAGUUACCUCAAAUACGCCAACGCGUGCGGCGAAGUCGUGCGUCAAAGCCUCAAGGAACCGUUCUUGACCCAGGCCAAGGCGCGCGAAACGGUGUAUUACAAGAUGACGAAGUACGCCGAAGGCAAGGCCGGGCAAUCGGUGAUCACGGAAGUGUUGCCGAAGUAG